AGCUGCUCUGGGCCACUUUCCCGUUCCUCCCUCCGCCCUCCUCCCUGCUCCUGUCUCUGUCACUCACAGGGCAGGGCCAGCCUGGGGCGGCCAUGGCAGCAACGCUGAUCUGGAUUUCUCUCCUCGUGGGUCUCCUGGCAGGGCUGGGGGGCACCGAGAUCCAGCAGACCACCUUGCACCCACUCGUGGGCCGCGUGUUUGUACACACACUGGACCAUGAUGCUUUCCUGCAGCUUCCUGAGCACGUUGCCCCUCUCCUCCCUUCCACCAGCUGUCCCUGUCACCUACCACGCCCACCUCCAGGGACACCCAGACCUGCCCCGGUGGCUCCGCUACACCCAGCGCAGCCCCCACCACCCUGGCUUCCUCUAUGGCACUGCCACCCCAGAGGAUCGCGGACACCAGGUCAUUGAGGUCACAGCCUACAACCGGGACAGUUUUGACACCACCCGGCAGAGGCUGGUGCUGUUGAUUGCAGACCCAGAAGGCCCACUGCUUCCAUACCAGGCUGAGUUCCUGGUGCGCAGCCAUGACGUGGAGGAGGUGCUGCCCUCGACACCUGCCAGCCUUUUCCUCACAGCCCUCGGGGGGCUCUGGGAGCCGGGGGAUCUCCAGCUGAUCAAUAUCACUUCUGCCUUGGACCGAGGGGGCCGAGUCCCCCUGCCUAUCGAAGGUCGAAAGGAAGGCGUAUACAUCAAGGUGGGUUCUGCCUCACCCUUCUCCACCUGCCUGAAGAUGGUGGCAUCCCCCGACAGCCAGGCUCGCUGUGCUCAGGGCCAGCCUCCACUGCUGUCCUGCUAUGACACCUUGGCACCUCACUUCCGAGUUGACUGGUGCAAUGUGUCCUUGCCUGGGCUCUCUGAGCAGGUGGACAAGUCAGUGCCAGAGCCCGCAGAUGAGGUGCCUACUCCGGGCGAUGGGAUCCUGGAACACGACCCGUUUUUUUGCCCACCCACCGAGGCCACAGCCCGAGACUUCUUGACGGAUGCCUUGGUCACCCUCCUGGUGCCCUUGCUGGUGGCCCUGCUGCUCACCCUGCUGCUGGCCUACGUCAUGUGCUGCCGGCGGGAGGGACGGCUGAAGAGAGACUUGGCCACCUCUGACAUCCAGAUGGUCCACCAUUGCACCAUCCGCGGGAACACCGAGGAGCUGCGACAGAUGGCAGCCAGCAGAGAGGUGCCCCGGCCGCUCUCCACCCUACCCAUGUUCAACGUGCGCACGGGUGAGCGGCUGCCCCCCCAAGUGGACAACGCCCAGGUGCCCCUCAUCCUGGACCAGCACUGAGGACCCGCACAGAGCAGCCUAACCCAUGGCCACAUUCUUUCUCCCCAUUCUGGCUCCUGGACUGAUGGACCCCAGGCCUGGAAUAAGCAGAGAAAUGAGGAUGGGGCGGGGGUGUCUGGGAUCCAGACUCCUAGAAUAAAUCCCUGCUGCUCUGCU